AUGGGUAUGUGGAAACAUAGAGUAGAUACUCCGAGCAAAUUAGAUCACUUUAGGUGUGAAUUUGACAUCCCUGUCGAUGUCCAUCUGAGAUUGGCUGGGGAUGACGACUCCAUCAUGCCCACCACUAAUUCUAUGCCUUUUCCUGCCAUCCAACAUGCCCAUUCUUUCUCAGUACAAUCUUUUGAGAACCAGGAGAAGCUAGCCGAGAAGAAGAGGGAGGUCUCCACCCUUCAAAAGACUAAUAAGAACUCGCAGUCAAAGAUGAAGUCUCUGGAGGAUCAGGCCGAGGCUGUCAUCAAGGCUCAAAAUGACGCCGAAGAAAAGGCAGACUCUGCUAAGGCCAUCAAGAAGGUGCUUGAGGCCAAGAAGAAGGACGUCGAGGAGAAAACGGCCCAGGUCCAAAAAGAAUUGCAAGACACUCUGGCAACCAAAGAGGCCGAAAUCAAGGCAGCCGAUGAAAAGGGCUACAACAAGGGGGUGACCGACGUCACGGCGGACUACGAAAAGCAGGAUGAUGAAGUCCCCAAGGAUGCCACUCCAAAGAAGGCGUCAUCGGACGUGCCUACUGCCGACAAGAGCAUAGAUGAAACCCUUCAAGAAAUUGAUGCUAAACUUGCGGCCAAGAAGGUUGCCGAGAUGUUUUUUCAGCAGUCUUCCGAGAUCCAAACCUAG